AUGGCGCCAAGGAAGAACGCCAAGCGGGGGGCUGCUGCAGCUCGGAGGAUUUCCGACUCCGACUCCGACUCCGCGCCGGCACUGCCCAAGAGAAAGGUGAUCCAAGCCGCUUACAAACACCCUUCAACAUGCAGUGAGAGUAGUAGCAGCAGCAGCAGUGAGGAGGAGGAGGAAGCGCGGCCCAUAGUGCAGCAAAGGCGAAGGUUUGUGCCUCUUUCGGAUUCGAGCAGCGACAGCGAGGAGGAGAUGCCUGAGCCUGUGAAGGAGCCCAAGCCGUCUGCACCUACACAGGAUGAUGCCUCUAGCGGUUCGGCAGCAGCAUCCGCGAAGAAGAAGGGGCAGAAAACGUCUCAGGUGUGUCUGAAGCUUCUCUUUUUGAACAGAGGCUUUCCGAUACAGCGCACUGGCGGCAGGGGGAAGGGGGCAUUUAUGUGGACAGACACACCCCUAGCGUGUGUGGCAUGCUGCAAUUUCGCUCUUCAGGUCGACUCCGACAUUGAGCGGCUGCUCGAGGAAAUUGAAGCCCCUCCAGCGACUUCUCCCCCUCCCAAAAAAGCGAUUUCAAAGCAACCCGCUUCAGCAAAGGCACCUCCUCAAAAGAAGAAGGGCAAGAAGCAACUUGCUGAGGAGGACGAAGAUCUGGAUGCACUGCUUCAGGAAAUCGAAGGCGUGAGCUGCCCUGCUAAAACUCCAGCGCCAGCAACGCGAGCAGCAGAGGGGAGCUCUUCUUCUCCCUCUCCUCCUCCCACAACUGCAACUGCAUCUGCGUCUGUCACAGCAGCAAAUGAAGCAGCAGAUACACCAGGAGCAGCUGCAGCAGGCCCUGCGGGAAAAUUAAGUCGUGCCGCUCAACGGCGACAAAAAAAAAAGCAGCAACAGGCGAAACAGAAUGACAAAACCUCUUCGUCCUCAUCAGAUGAGAGCAGACCAAAACAGGCUUCAGCUUCGGCUGGAAAGAAGGCGCCUGUCUCUGCCGCAGUGCGCGCAGCGCAGCAGCGUCUGCAGUUGUUGCAGGAGCAGCAGCGGCUGCAGGAGGAAGAGGAGGCUAGACUGAGACGCGAGGAAGAGGAGCUGCGGAAAAAGGAGGAGGAGGAAGAACGUCAGCGCCAGCUGGAGCGUGAACUGAGGGCGAAGAAGAAGGCGGAAAAGAAGCAGCGUCUCAAGGAGGAAGGCAAGCUUCUGUCCACGAAGGAUCAGAAGAAGCUGAAGAAGCAGCAGCAGUACUUGCAGCAGCUGCAGCAGCAAGGACUUAUUGUGGUGCCUGCCUUGGCAGCAGGCGAUACGGAGGGGAGUUGCGCAGCUCAGCAGAGUGGCGUGGGUAGCAAGGCUAUAGAUGAUCGCAAGAGGAGGGAAAAGAAGAAGCGGCAGUUGUUGCAGAAGCAGCAGGAAGAAGCAGAAGAAGCUGCCGAAAAGGAGCGUCUUCUGAAGCUGCAAGCCGAGCUAGAUCGUCAGAGCGCCUCGACAUCUCCACCUCCCAAGACUCCUGAGCCUGCAGUUGACAAUUGGGAGUCUCUGCUAGAUGAGGUCGAGGAAGCGACGGCGAGCACUUCGGCAGCUGCCGCUUCUGCCUCCGCUGCUGCUCCCUCCGCUGGCGAGGCAGAAGCGGCAGCCGGAGAGAAGAAGAAGAGUUAUAAUGUUGGCGAUGUUCGGAGGAGGGCAGCCAUGGAGCAGGCUUUGCAACAGGCUAAGGAGGAGCGGCUUGCUGCUGCUGCUGCUGCUGCAGCAGCUGCUGCUGCAAGCAUGGGGGCAGCAGAAGGAAGAGCAGCAGCUGCUGCUGGUGCCUCUGUUGGCGAAGGCUUCCCCGAGGCAGCAGCAGCAGCGGGAGUUGCAGGCACCAAUAAGGCGCCAUUCCCUUCCAAAGCAGCUGUUGAUGAGCCAAAAUUGCGUUCUCCUAUUUGCUGCAUUAUGGGGCACGUCGAUACUGGAAAGACGAAGCUGCUCGAUAAGAUUCGUAGAACGAAUGUACAGCUGGGGGAGGCAGGGGGCAUCACGCAGCAGAUUGGUGCGACGUUCUUCCCCAGAGAGGCACUACUGGAGCAGUGCAACAAGAUCACACCCGGCUGGGAUUUACGUUUGCCAGGCUUGUUAGUGAUCGAUACACCUGGCCAUGCCUCGUUCGCCAACUUGAGAGCUCGCGGCUCCUCUCUUUGCGAUCUCGCGAUAGUUGUAAUUGAUAUCAUGCAUGGGAUGGAGCCGCAGACGCGUGAAUCUCUCUCCCUCUUGCGUCAAAAACGAUGCCCUUUUGUCGUGGCACUCAACAAGAUAGAUCGGCUGUACGGGUGGAAGGCAGUUGAUUGGGGAGCCAAUGUGAAGGAACUGUUGGCGCUGCAGAGCGCGGCAGUCCAGGAGGAGUUUAAAUCGCGAUGGGAAGAUGCGCGCUUGCAGGGGCUUGAAGAAGCAGUCGCGGGCACAUCUGUUUUCGUAGUAGAGGAUGAGGAUGAGUUGGCAGAGUUGGAGGGGGAAGUCAUGAAGGAUAUGAGCUCAGUUUUCAAGAACGUAGACAGAAGCGGCAAUGGUGUCUACGUCGUGGCGUCCACCCUCGGAGCACUUGAAGCUCUCCUUGCCUACUUAGAGGAGUGCAAGAUUCCAGUUUUUGCAGUAAAUAUUGGCACCAUUCAGAAGAAGGAUGUUCGCCGAGCGUCAGUGAUGCGGGAGAAGGGGCGUCCAGAAUUUUCGGUAAUUCUCGCGUUCAAUGUGAAGGUUGAUCCUGAGGCAGAGAAGGAGGCAAAGUCUUUAGGCGUUCGCAUCUUUACUGCGGAAAUCAUUUAUCACCUGUUUGACGCCUUUACCAGGAAGGAAGUCGGACAGGAAGCCGUCUUCCCGUGCAUUUUGACGGUGCUGCCUCAGUAUAUUUUCAACAAAAAGGAUCCUAUUGUGCUCGGCGUGCUUGUUGAUGAGGGUAUUCUGAAGGUUGGCACUCCCCUCUGCGUGCCAGAGAAGGAUCUCCGCAUUGGCACUGUGGCGUCUGUUGAGCACAACAGGAAGCCAGUAGAUUCUGCGACAACUGGUAUGGAGGUUUGCAUUAAGAUUGUCGGCGAGCCGAAUGUGAUGGCUGGCAGGCACUUCGAGGCUAAGAACAAGCUCGUUAGCCGCCUGACGCGAAACUCCAUCGACUGUCUGAAAGAGCACUUCAGGGAUGAGCUUUCCAAAGCAGACUGGCGAACCGUCAUCACCAUCAAGAAGCUCCUCGAUAUUCCCUGA